AUGAGCGAUACAAAAGAACCAAAUCCUCAAAAUGAAGUUCAAGAUACUGUUUCUCCCAUUGAAGAAAUCCAUGACAAAGGUCAUGAGCAACAAGGUAAUAAGCAACAAGGUUAUACUUGGGAACCAUCAGAAGAAAUGUUACAGUUUUUUACACGUAUCCAUAAAGACAAUACUCUUUCACAAGAGGAACAAGCAAUAGAACAAUCACUUAUGGACACAAGAAGUCUUUUAUUAAAUGGUCUUUCAUAUGCAAAUGAUAUUCGUAGAGAUCAAACUAUUAAAUGUAUAUCCCCAUCAUAUAAUCCUCCUGCAGAAUACGAGGAGGUUUGCGGACCCACAAAACUUAAUGAACUCAUCACUCAAGAAAAUGAAAAGAACAAAAUGUCCAAGAGUUUUUUCGAAAGUUCUAAAACCCCUAUGAAAUAUCUAAAAUCUCAAGGUAUUCGAAUUAUAGCAUAUUUAGAUGACCUUUUGAUCAUUGCAGAUUCAGAAAAGGAAGCUAUAAUACACCAAGACCUUACUUUAAAUUAUCUACAGUUAUUGGGUUUUACAAUUAACAACAAAAAAUCAUCGUUGGUUCCAACAAAUGCCCUAGAAUAUCUUGAUACAAUACGGGAAUGUCAAUCCAUAUUUAAAAAGCAAGAAAUUCAUAUUCGAAAACUUGUAUCUAUUAUUGGAAAACUUAUAUUUAUCACAAAUGCAGUAUUUCUAGCACAUUUAAGGUCUUGA